AUGAUCAAGGUCUCAACGCUUGGAAUUGUCGCUGCAGUCGCGGUAAUGGCUACGGCAUUCGGCGUUGCCACUGCGAAUCAAGUAUCCGCCGCCUUGCAAAAAUUUUCUAGCAGCAGGAACGGGAGUGGCUCUGCAGUAGAUGACGCUGGUGUCGUGGAGGCUGGUUACCAAAUUGCUGAUGUCUCAGGGGCGCAAGCCUGCGGAGGCGUGGGCUUCGACUACUCGCGCUACUGGGUCGGCCCACUACCGGACGGGGACAAGACCAAGCUCAACUGCGUCUCCGGCUACCGCUGCCAGGCGCGAGGCUCAAGCAAACUCUUAUGGUGCAAGCAGUACGCGCUGCCGCUGAACGCCAAGUGCGGCGGCUACACGUUCUACACGCUGUUCAAGUGCGUCGACGGCACCGCAUGCAAGAUCGACCCCAUCCGUCUCGAACCGCGAUGCCUCCCGGUCGAAUGA